AUGUGGGCCGUGCCGCUCGCUGCCCUUCUGGCCCUGGUCCCUGUGCCCGGGGCCCGGGCGCUGUGGCUGGGGCGGCUGGACCCCACGCAGCUCCUCGGGCCCUGGUACGUCCUCGCCGUGGCCUCCCGGGAGAAGGGCUUCGCGCUGGAGAGGGACAUGAAGACCAUCGAGGGCGUCGUGGUGACCCUCACCCCCGAGAACCGCCUCCAGCUGCUGUCCUCACGGCACCGGCUGGAGGGGUGUGCCCAGCAGGAGGUGGAGCUGGUGAAGCAGACUUCCGGCUGGGUCUUCGAGAACCCCUCCCGCGGCGUGCUGGAGUACCGCGUGCUCGGCACCAACUUCAGAGACUUCGCCGUGGUCUUCACCCAGCUGGAGUUUGGGGAGGAGUCCUUCAACACCGUGGAGCUGUACAGUCGCAGGCAGACGGCCAGCGGCGAGGCCUUGCGGCUCUUCAGCAAGUGGAGCAAGGGCCUGGGCUUCCUGUCCCAGCAGCAGGCGCAGCUGCGGAAGGACGUCACCUGCGCACAGAAGAUCCUCCAGAGGCGCCAGGUGCCUGCUGCCGGUGAACCGGCCCAGGGCUGUCGCUGGGACGUGUGGUGA